AUGCUGGCCCUGCACCUCACACCGAAUACGUACUGCAACCACUGCACUAAUUGCAUGCUGGCCCUACACCUCACACCGAAUACUCACUGCAACCACUGCACUAACUGCAUGCUGGCCCUGUACCUCACACCGAAUACUUACUGCAACCACUGCACUAACUGCAUGCUGGCCCUGUACCUCACACCGAAUACUUACUGCAACCACUGCACUAACUGCAUGCUGGCCCUGCACCUCACAUUGAAUACUUACUGCAACCACUGCACUAACUGCAUGCUGGCCCUGCACCUCACACCGAAUACUUACUGCAACCACUGCACUAACUGCAUGCUGGCCCUGCACUUACAUCUAAUGUGCUAA